CAGUUGGUACUAAUUGGUUAAUGUUAAUUUCUCACAAUUUCUCAUAACGAUAUAACUCGACGCUGGCCGCAACAGUCGGUCUCGGCACUCUCGACGCGAUUACAUAAUUUCUUUCGAGCUCCGUGCAGUGCAGGAGGUCCUCUGCCAUCUCGCAUUGCCGUCGAGGUAUCCAGAGCUAUCAUUUCUAUCAGUUAGGUAACUCACUCAAAUGUAUCGUGUUCGAUCUCGGAGCAAGUGAGCAAUGGCAGGGAGAUCAUUUGUGAGUUACUUACGACCUGUUAUUCAAAUCCAAAGAUGUGGACUGAUGACAAUGGAAAAAGUUGGUAAUAGGGAUAUAGUAGGUUUUGGAUAUAAUGGUGAACCUACUUACUUGGAUAGAGUGGAUUUUCCCUAUCCUGCGGUACGCUGGCAAGAAAACAGUCCUUGUAUCAUGGCACUGAGAGAGAAGGAAAAGGGAGACUGGAAGAAGCUAUCAAUCGAAGAGAAAAAGCUAUUGUAUCGUGCCAGUUUCCGCCAAACAUUUAGCGAGAUGGAUGCACCGUCAGGAGAAUGGAAAGGCAUUUUGGGAAUGGCUUUGCUGGUAUCGAGUGCUGGCAUAUGGCUGUAUUUGUAUUUCAAGGAAACAUCUUAUCCGCCUUUGCCUGAAACAUUUUCGCUGGAGAGACGAUUGGCGCAAUUGGAUCGCAUGAAGAAACUCGACAUGAAUCCGAUCGACGGUCUCUGCGCUCGAAAAUAAAUUAAUUAAAUUUACCCUACUACUAAUUACUUAGUCAUCAUGUACAGUAUCUCGUUCUCUGAGCGCUUUUAUGUAUGU